CGUCGCUGGUCACGCCUGCGCUGUGGUUCUUGGAAGGCGGUGCUCUGAGAAGCCGGACAACGCGGCGGCGGCUCUUCGAAGCGGAGCUCGUUUAGUUACCGUUGUCGCCGCCAUGAGUCGCAACUAUAAUGAUGAGCUGCAGUUUUUGGAAAAAAUCAAUAAAAACUGCUGGAGGAUCAAGAAGGGCUUCGUGCCCAACAUGCAGGUUGAAGGCGUUUUCUAUGUGAAUGAUGCUCUGGAGAAACUGAUGUUUGAGGAAUUAAGGAAUGCCUGUCGAGGUGGUGGUGUUGGUGGCUUCCUGCCAGCCAUGAAACAGAUUGGCAAUGUGGCAGCCCUCCCUGGAAUUGUUCAUCGAUCUAUUGGGCUUCCUGAUGUCCAUUCAGGAUAUGGGUUUGCCAUUGGAAAUAUGGCAGCCUUUGAUAUGAAUGACCCUGAAGCAGUGGUAUCCCCAGGUGGUGUCGGGUUUGACAUCAACUGUGGUGUCCGCUUGCUCAGAACCAAUUUAGACGAAAGUGAUGUCCAGCCUGUGAAGGAGCAACUUGCCCAAGCUAUGUUUGACCACAUUCCUGUUGGGGUAGGAUCAAAAGGUGUCAUCCCAAUGAAUGCCAAAGACUUGGAGGAGGCCUUGGAGAUGGGGGUGGACUGGUCCUUAAGAGAAGGGUAUGCCUGGGCUGAAGACAAAGAGCACUGUGAGGAGUAUGGAAGGAUGCUACAAGCUGACCCCAAUAAGGUCUCUCCAAGGGCUAAGAAAAGAGGCCUUCCUCAGUUGGGGACCCUGGGAGCAGGCAACCAUUAUGCAGAAAUCCAGGUUGUGGAUGAGAUUUUCAAUGAGUACGCUGCUAAGAAAAUGGGCAUCGACCAUAAGGGACAGGUGUGUGUGAUGAUCCACAGUGGAAGCAGAGGCCUGGGCCACCAAGUAGCCACAGAUGCUCUGGUAGCUAUGGAGAAGGCCAUGAAGAGAGACAAGAUUAUAGUCAAUGAUCGGCAGUUGGCCUGUGCUCGAAUCGCUUCCCCAGAGGGUCAAGACUACCUAAAGGGAAUGGCAGCAGCUGGGAACUAUGCCUGGGUCAACCGCUCUUCCAUGACCUUCUUAACCCGUCAGGCUUUUGCCAAGGUCUUCAACACAACCCCUGAUGACUUGGACCUCCAUGUGAUCUAUGAUGUUUCUCACAACAUUGCCAAAGUGGAGCAGCAUGUGGUGGACGGAAAGGAACGGACACUGUUAGUACACAGGAAGGGAUCCACCCGCGCGUUCCCUCCUCACCAUCCACUCAUUGCUGUUGAUUACCAACUCACUGGACAACCAGUACUCAUUGGUGGCACCAUGGGAACCUGUAGUUAUGUUCUUACUGGCACUGAACAGGGCAUGACUGAGACCUUUGGAACAACCUGUCAUGGAGCGGGCCGUGCAUUGUCCCGAGCAAAAUCUCGACGUAAUUUAGAUUUCCAGGAUGUCUUAGACAAAUUGGCAGAUAUGGGAAUUGCAAUCCGUGUUGCUUCACCCAAACUGGUUAUGGAAGAGGCUCCUGAGUCCUAUAAGAAUGUGACAGAUGUGGUGAAUACCUGCCAUGAUGCUGGAAUCAGCAAGAAAGCCAUUAAACUGAGACCAAUUGCUGUGAUCAAAGGAUAGAACCUUGGACAGAAGGGCCACUAGACACCGGCUCUCUGUGAAGUGGAAGUAGACUGACAUGCUCUUCCAACGUCAGACUUAAAUCAGGACAGGUUCCAAAGUGUGCAGCUGUAACUGCUCGUGCCAAAGUGGCUGACGGGGAGGCUGCUGCUUUCAGGAGCCAGUGCUUGUAAAAUAAUCUUCUGGGAAGAGGAACCUUUGGAAAGGGAGAAAUAUACCUUCUCCUUGGUUGUUCCACAGAGUUUUAGGAAAAUCUGUUAGGGGUGGGUAGGUGUCAAGAAACUGCCUUACGCGGUCAUUCAAGUCUUUAGCCGUCAGACGGAAGUUCGUUACGCCAAGCCCUGUUUACAUUCCGAGAGGUGUCAUGAAGAAAGUUCUAUUAAAUAUUGUUUGGGAAUGUU